AUGGACCUGACCCCCGAAGAGCUCGGCGAAUGGUACAUGAAACUUCAAGAAGUGGGGAACGUGCACAACAUCAAUCUCGUCACGCCCGAGCAUGUGGUUCCCCAAGUGGUUUUGAGCAUCCUGCACGCAGCACAAUUGGGCCUGCGCGUCCCUAUUGUCUACAAUACGUCCAGUUUUGACUCGCUCGAGUCGCUAGAGCUCCUGGAAGGCUUAGUAGACAUCUACUUGGCGGACUUCAAGGUGUGGGAGCCAAGCACCUCCAAGAGGCUGCUCAAGGCAGACGAUUACGCCGCUGCUGCAAGGGAGAGCAUCCGGGCCAUGCACAAACAGGUCGGCGACUUCAUAAUGCAAUUCCUCGCUGCCGAGGUCUCUAGGGAUGUGUUUGUCAACAUUAUGGAACAGUACCGCCCCGACGCCCACGUUGGCAAGGCCUCGCGUACCAGGAAAGGACCCGGCGCCGGAGAGUCCGGUGAUUUAGGGGCUGCGCAGGGUUCUGCGCGAUACGCCGAGAUCAACCGCGCGGUAACGAAGGCCGAGGUCUCAUACGUGCGCGAGGCCGCCGAGAAAGCUGGGCUUUGGCGUUUUUGCGAUCCGCCAGGGCACGAUGGCUUCAACAUCUAG